AAGGAAAACUUGAAGGUAUCAUAUCGGUAAAAAAGCUUUUGUCAACGAUUGAUCAAGAAAAAUAUUGGUUGGUAGAAGUAGAAAGUAACGAAAAUCCUCCAAUAUGUAAACUAAUUGAAAAAAAGCUCGCAUAUGAAAAAAGAAAAAAGCAAAUCCAAAAUACGAUAGUUACAAAAGAAUUACAAAUGACUUGGAAAGUCGAGGACCAUGAUCUAAUUCACAAGAUUAGUAGAGCUAAAUCUUGGUUAACUAAAGGAUAUAAAGUAGAUAUUAUUAUUUCGAAUAGAGGGGUACAGAAAAAGAAAAGAAUAUUGGAUAGAACUAUUAUGGAUAAAAUAUUAAAUGAGUUGAAAGAUUAUUCUAAGGAAAUUCAGGAACCAAAGUGGACUGGUGGAUCUGUUAUUUUACAGAUUACGGGUAAAGGGGCUGAUUCUGACAAAAUAGAAUAA